GACGUCCUUGCUCUACCAAUUUUUAAGCAAGAAGAGCCGCAUAUCUCACCAGACACGGAUGCAAAGCUGCCCCCAUUCCAGUAUGUCUUGUGCUCAGCUACAUCCCCUGCUGUCAAACUCCAUGAAGAGACCCUGACAUAUCUCAACCAAGGCCAAUCUUACGAAAUCCGUCUCCUUGACAACAGAAAAUUGGGAGAGUACCAAGACCUCAAUACCAAAUAUCUCAAGAGCAUUUUAAGGGUGGUUUUCCACGACCGGCGCUUGCAGUACACGGAACAUCAGCAGCUCGAAGGUUGGCGAUGGAGCCGACCCGGGGAUCGCAUCCUUGACAUAGAUAUCCCCUUGUCGGUUGGCAUUUUGGAUCCCAGAGCUAGCCCAACACAACUGAACACUGUAGAGUUCCUGUGGGAUCCAUCCAAAAGAACGUCUGCUUUUAUUCAGGUACAUUGUAUCAGCACAGAAUUCACGCCGAGGAAGCAUGGCGGCGAGAAGGGCGUUCCUUUCCGAAUUCAGAUUGAUACAUUUAAGCAGAAUGAGAAUGGAGAGUACACAGAGCAUUUGCACUCAGCUAGCUGCCAAAUCAAGGUGUUCAAGCCGAAAGGAGCGGACCGGAAGCAGAAGACGGACCGAGAGAAGAUUGAGAAGAGAACGAUGCAGGAGAGGGAGAAAUACCAAGCAUCCUACGAUACCACAAUCCUGAUAGAGUGUUCUCCGUGGCCAGAUCUGCCGUAUCAGUCAAAUUCAUCGUCUUCUCCUGGCUACAACAGCUCUCCAAACAGCUUCGGGAUAGGAGAUGGCAACUGUUCUCCAACCCCUCAGGUGGAGCCACCCGCUGUUAGAAAUGAGAAAACGCCUGCAUUUAACAAUGAGACCUGGAAUCAGGAUGACAAAGGAAAGUAUCUCGUGCCGUCCGCAUCCAUACAAGAUGUGCAACAGUGGUGCAGCGCAAUAGGUUCCCUCAGUAUUGCAGACUUCUAUCGAGUUUCUCAGGUGCUGACUUAUUAAAGAUGUCCAAAGAGGAUUUCAUCCAAGUGUGUGGCCCUGCGGACGGGAUCCGACUCUUCAAUGCUGUAAAAGGAAGGAAUGUGAGGCCCAGACUGACUAUUUAUGUCUGCCAUGAAUCGGAACAAAACCGCACAAACCUGCAGCACAAACGGGAGCUCAACGACACCUCUGUGUGUGUUUAUCAUGCCAUCUUCCUGGAGGAGCUGACAUCGUUUGAGCUGAUUGAGAAGAUUGCCAACCUGUACAGCAUCUCCCCUCAACAGAUAAACCAGAUCUAUAAGCAGGGACCUACUGGGAUCCACGUGGUGGUCAGCACGGAGAUGGUUCAGAACUUCCAGGAUGAAUCUUGCUUUGUUAUCGGCACUCUAAAAGCCGAGAACGGUUCUGGAUAUCACAUCAUUCUUAAAUGA